CCCGCCCGAGGGCUGUUGAUGCGCCGCCUCCGUGCGCCCCUCGUCAAACGGCGGCGGUUACUGCUUCCGAGGUCAUUUAACUGGGACGCGUCUUUCGGUGCAGACUUGGCGCGCGCCUGCAGUAGCGGCACCAACCUGCGCCCAAACCCGGGCAAAUGACUUACCUCUGCCCUCGCCCAGUGCUCAGCUACCAUUUCCUUCCGUCUUUGCUCCGCUCUGUGUUUAACGGCGCGCGCCAGGCAAGACCGAGAACGGAGGCCGCAGUGCCCUCCAGGCCAGAUCUUUUCCGAGGAGGAUUUCCAGCCCCAAAUUUGAGACCCAUCUCCCCUCUCAGCCAGAACCGUGGGCUCGUCCGGAGGGAGGCACAAGUCAUCUCCCCCAGCAAACGGGCCCGGCCUGCGGAGAAGGGCGGCAUGCGGCUCCGCUUUGUCCGGCUUUCGGAGCACGCCACCGCUCCGACCAAGGGGUCCGAGCGCGCCGCGGGCUAUGACCUAUACAGUGCCUAUGAUUACACAGUACCACCUAUGGAGAAAGCCCUUGUGAAAACAGACAUUCAGAUAGCUCUUCCUUCUGGGUGCUAUGGGAGAGUAGCUCCACGUUCUGGCUUGGCUGCAAAACACUUCAUAGAUGUAGGAGCUGGUGUCAUAGAUGAAGAUUAUAGAGGAAAUGUUGGUGUUGUACUGUUUAAUUUUGGCAAAGAAAAGUUCGAAGUCAAAAAGGGUGAUCGCAUUGCACAGCUCAUUUGUGAACGGAUAUUUUACCCAGAAAUAGAGGAAGUUCAAGUUUUAGAUGACACUGAAAGGGGUUCAGGAGGUUUUGGUUCCACUGGAAAUAAUUAAAAUUUAUGACAAGAACAGAAAAUGAGAAAAUAUACUUUUUUCCUUGAAAAUAAAGGCUUUGCUUAAAGUGUU